AUGGGGUGCCACUCAGUGUUCUGUUUCGAGACUCGGCGAGGGCCGCGUGGCGUGGCAGUUGUCAGGGCCUCGAGACCCGGCCCUCGCGACGGUUGCGGGAGACGGGGGGAGGGGACGGCGAACGUUAAUUCUAUUGGUGGAGGUUGGCUACUCGGUGAGGUGCAGAGAGGUACACCAGGGGUUGGAAAAACCACGCUAGGCAAAGAACUUGCAUCAAGAUCAGGACUGAAAUACGUUAAUGUGGGUGAUUUAGCUCGUGAAGGGCAGUUAUAUGAUGGCUAUGAUGAAGAGUAUGACUGUCCCAUUUUAGAUGAAGAUAGAGUAGUUGACGAGUUAGAAAACCAAAUGAGUGAAGGUGGAGUUAUUGUUGAUUACCAUGGUUGUGAUUUCUUCCCUGAACGCUGGUUUCAUAUAGUUUUUGUGCUGAAAACAGAUAACAGUGUUUUGUACAAAAGGCUUGAAACAAGGGGUUAUAAUGAGAAGAAACUAAAAGACAAUAUUCAGUGUGAAAUUUUUCAAAUUCUUUAUGAAGAAGCCUUAGCAUCCUACAAGGAGGAAAUAGUGCAUCAGCUGCCCAGCAAUAAUCCAGAAGAUCUUGAGGAUAAUAUCGAUCAGAUAUUGAAAUGGAUUGAGCAAUGGGUCAAAGAUCAUAGCUCUUGACUUACAAGAAUGGCCACCUUACAAUCACUCUUGAUAUCUCUCUGCCCACAUUAUAUAAAUUGUUCAAUUAUCAGUAAAACUUCCUUAUUGAAACUGUGUUGUUGGAGUAGUAGGUGGAUAGUAUAAAGGUUUAUGUUUGGGGUUUUUUUUCUCCAUGAUAAAGCUAAUCUCACUUAUCAUGAAUAAUAUUAUUAAGGAUUGAGAAUGAAAACUGUCAUUGUUUAGUACUUCAAUUGCUAAAGGAUAAAUAAAUCUCACCAAAUGGGUGGAUAUAUUUUAAGUUUAUUACAGAAUAAAAUGAAAGUGAUUUCUUAAAAUAAAACUUAAGACAAAACA